CCCGGAGGCCAUAGGUCAAUCGUUCUUCGGCUGCGGGCACCUUCCCUCAGCAGGCCCGGCACUGCCCGCUCUGCUUGCCGAGCGGCUGCCGCUGAAAUCGCGAGUUUGUCGCUCUCUUCCCAUCGCUCUCUUUCAUGGGCACCAUUUGUUGAGACCCUCCCUCCCUUCGUCGGCAAUAUCAUCCGUCUACUCUGCGUCUGCCUGGUCCAUCGUCCGGUCGCCCCUCCAAAUUGCCCUCCAUGCUGCACAGCGAGCCCACCCGCCCCAGCGUGUUUCUCACCGAGACCCGCAUCCCGGCCGGGACAAGCGACCAGGCCCAGCUGCCCUUUCAGCGUCCCAGGGCGGCCUUUGAGGAUAUCCAGGCUCCGCUUCGUGAUGGUGCAUCCACGCCGGAGCACCCUGCCUCCGAGCCCGACUUGACCUCGGCGCUGCUUCCCUCCAGUCUCGGGAAUGGCAUCCAACGGGCCCCAGAGACCCUGGGCUCGCCGCUGCUGUACUGGCUCAACUCGCAGUCGACGAUCCCACGCCUCAAGUUCGAGCCCGUGAACUUCCUCCUGACCAAGAUCCAAGCACAUCAGUUGGCUGCCUGCCCGACGCCUUCGCCAUUCCAGCUCUCCUAUCGCUUGAUCCCGGGACCGGAAAAUUUACUGGUCCGGGCAACUCUGGCUGCCCAUGGAUUCCGAGAGGCCUUUUCGACACAUACCAACUACAAUCUGAUCUGGGCUGCCGGUCGCGUUGAGCCCCAUCUGAUCCGGUCACUCAACAGGUACCAGAAGAUCAACCGCUUCCCGCGUUCAAAUGAGAUCACACGAAAGGAUAAGCUUCACGCCAACAUCUUUCGAAUGAAGCAGGCAUUCAGCCAUCGAAGCUUCGAGUUCAUGCUGCCGACGUUUCUACUGCCACUAGAAUACGAGCUCUUUUAUCGAGAGUAUCUGCGGGCAGGUGGACGAUGGCAGUGUCGCAUAUUUGGGUCAAGCUCUCCGCAAGUCUCGAUCGAAGUCGAGUCGCUGUCGGAGAUUCCAAAGAUCAAUUCGGCCGAGGAGCGGGUCAUCAUGCAAAAAGCCCUGGACAACCCGCUCCUGAUCGAUGGAUACCGAUUCACGCUUCAGAUCUACCUGGCUAUAACAUCCAUAUCCCCGCUGCGAGUAUACAUCUAUGAGGAGGGCUGUGCCGUAUUCGAGGCUGAACGUUAUGAGGCUCUUGGAUCAAAGCUCAGCAAACACGCCUCCGCCCAAAAGUUUGGCCAUCAGCCCCCCACACCAAACCAAAAAUGGUCGCUGAACCAGCUCCUGUCACUCUUGAGCUCAAAAUACGGCUCCGAGAUGGUCGAACUCAUGAUGGCAAAGAUCAAGGACCUUUCUGUCAAGAUGGCGAUCUCAGCCGAGCCUCCAAUGGCCGUCGCCGCCAACAUGUUUGUCCCGCACAGCGGCUGUUGCUUUGAGCUGUUUGUUCUCGAUCUGGUUAUCGACGAGAACCUUAGUCCUUGGCUCGUCGAAGUUCACUCUGCAGCCGGACUCGAGUGCGAGUGCGAUGCCGACUUUCGACUCAAGGCGCCUAUCCUGGCAGAUCUCCUCACGAUGGUUGGCCUGGUUCCCUACGUCAAAGCCGGGAAAGGCAAGAGAGAACUGAACGUCAAACCGUACAAGCCCAACGUUCCGCUUCAAGUCAAGUGUGAGAAGAAGGCAGUCGCUUGGGAUACAGAUACCAGCGUCAACGACGAGAGUCUAACACCCGACCAGAAGAAAAUGAUCAAGUCUGCCAAGGAAGAGAACUCGCGGUCCGGGGGGUUUAUCCGUGUGUUUCCGGCGGAGAACAGCAGCCAUCUGUACUUUCAUUUCUUCUCGAAGGGCUCUCCAAAUCACACGCUGCUGCUCGGCUUGUUUGGCAAAUCUGCCCUCAAAUCCAAGAGAUUCACCAACCACUCAUUCGAAGAGGCAGUGACUGGAAACAUGACUUUUCGCAUCCCGCAUGGGCAGACGUGUCGACAGCGGGUGGUUUCUCCGCCAUGGGCACCCGCAGACGCCAGGGAGAUGUCCAUGUCGCUGGGGUCCAGAGAACCCGAGUCAGACGCCCCUAUCGCUCGCAAGGCUGAGGAUGAGCUGGCGGUGGUGGAUCUGAGCGACGAGGAAAACUCGGCUGUCGACAGUGGCGCAUCCCUCGCCGCAUUUCGGAAGGCACGGGAGUAUCAAAGCAUUGUCGAGUCCAUCUCCAACGGGGCUAAGCACACCGACGACCUGAUGGAAAAGCUGGCAGCGCGCGAUGCGUUCGUGGUGUUCCUGGAGAGCAUUCUGAACCGGCUGCAUACUUUUUACAACCAAACCGACGACAUGGCAACUCAGGACGCAGAGCGAGUCUAUAAGGAAAUGGAAGUUGUUCACAAGUUCCUGGAGCAAGCGGGCGGACUGAAGCCAAAGAGUGAAAGCGAAGCACAAGACAGCGACACGGAAGACUCUCUGUCAAUCACCGACAGACUGGAGAGCUUCAUCAAGGAAUACAAGAAGCAAACCGAAGCCAUCAAGAAAGGGGAGAUUAUGGUCAAGUCCAGCACAUCAACACCGGCCAACAGCGCGUGUUCGUCCGAGCCUGCCAGCGGAAUGACAUCCGCACGGUCAAGCCGGCCUUCCUCUGCCCGACCCAGUCGGCCGUCAUCGGCCUCUCGCUCAGGGGCUUCAGGGCAAGCCCGCACCGCAGCCUCGCUUCGAAUCCACCACGCCGCCAGCACCGAAGGAAUGCACUCGGAGGCGUACACUUCGGCUCUCUAUGCUGUCACCGAGAAGGAUCUGGAGGACUUGUUUCGCAAAAUUCCAUCCUCGCGGAGCUCCACACCGACGAUCGCGACCAAACGCACCACAUCCGAGAUUUCAAGCAAGGACGUGGUGGAGUUCCGGGCCAAGAUGCUCGCAAAGUCAGGCGUGGCUUCCAAGCCAUCCAGCCCGAGCUCCGUUGCCUCAUCGUCGUCCAGCAGCGCAAGAGCCGGUGUCAAAGGACCAGUGAAGGGCAGACCCCCAGCGCCGGCCCCAACACCCGUCGGAUCCGCGGAGCCGCAGUCGACAUACAUCAAACCUGGCCAUCCAACUUCGGCUUUCUCGUCCUUUGGUUUCGCCACCGUCACCGGCCCCAAAAGCAGUCCCUCCUAUCGGGACACGCUCAUGGCCAAAGCCGCCAGCCGGAAGGCACGAAACCCGGAGCGCAAGGUCGAUGAUGGCUCGAAAUCCAAGCUCAGCGCCAACGACCAUCCUGGACUUCGGAUCGAGGGCUCAACUUUGAUGGCCAAGAAUGCAAUGCAGCGAAUAUUCAAUUGAGCUGGCUACUCACUAGCGAUACGUGCGUAAUGCCUCAGCGGCAUAUUUCACGCGACAUUCCUAUCAAGCGACCUCGGCCCAGAUCGAUGCAUCCUGGGAGCGAAACGAUGAUGGCCGAUUUUGAGGCUGGCCAACGACAGAGCGGUCUACUCGCGCAAUACACUCACACAGCAGUUCCACACGA